GACGGAGGUGCGCGCGGCGGAGCUCCAUCCUCGCCCGCGACGACCAUGAAACUUCCCGGGAAGGCGCCCGCUCCUUUUCUCCCUUUCGGGCUGCUCCUCCUGCAGGCGGCGGGGGCGCCCGGGCGAAGCCCCCUGUACGACAACCGCUACGCCGGGGAUAAAGUGAUACGGGUCAUUCCCGAGAAUGACAAAGAAGCAAAGACACUGAAGAUACUUUCUCAACAACUUGAGGUAGACCUGUGGCAGCCUGGCAGCAUCUCCUACAUCUCAAAGGGUGCAGUUGCAGAUUUACGUGUAUCAAGGAACAAUUCGCAAAUUCUUCUACCUUACCUACAACAAGCAAACAUUCAACAUAUAAUCCUCAUAUCUGAUCUGCAAAAAGCAGUAGAAAAGCAAAGUGGUUCAAGGUCCUCCAGGAGUCGUAGAUCUUUACUAGGAUACAGCUAUGAAAUAUAUCAUUCAUUGGAUGAAAUCCAAAGUUGGAUGUAUCAUCUGAACAAAACUCAUUCAGAUCUUGUUCACAUGUUCUGUGUUGGCAAGUCUUAUGAAGGAAGGCCGCUUUUUGUCCUAAAGCUAGGCAAGAAAUCACGGGUUUACAAGAAAGCUGUCUGGAUAGACUGUGGAAUCCACGCAAGAGAAUGGAUUGGACCAGCAUUUUGCCAGUGGUUUGUGAAAGAAGCUCUCCAGACAUACCAAAGUGACCCAGCCAUGAGAAGAAUGCUAAAUCAAAUGUAUUUUUAUAUUAUGCCUAUUUUUAAUGUGGAUGGAUACCAUUUCAGCUGGACCCAGGAUCGAUUUUGGAGAAAAACAAGAUCAAAGAAUUCAAGGUUCCACUGUCAUGGCGUAGAUGCUAAUCGUAACUGGAAAGUGAAAUGGUGUGAUGAAGGUGCUUCCAUCCACCCCUGUGAUGACACAUACUGUGGUCCUUUCCCUGAAUCUGAGCCGGAAGUGAAGGCUGUAGCUCACUUCCUUCGCAAACAUCGGAAGCAAAUAAAAGCUUACUUGUCCUUCCAUGCAUAUGCUCAGAUGUUGUUAUAUCCAUACUCUUACAAAUAUGCAACUAUUCCAAAUUUCAGUUGCGUGGAAUCUGCAGCUUUUAACGCUGUAAAUGCCUUGCAGUCAGUUUAUGGGAUACGAUACCGAUAUGGCCCUGCCUCCAGCACUUUGUAUGUGAGUUCUGGCAGUUCUAUGGAUUGGGCAUACAAAAAUGGCAUCCCCUAUGCCUUUGCAUUUGAGCUGCGCGAUACAGGACAUUUUGGAUUUUUACUUCCGGAGACCCUAAUCAAGCCAACUUGUACAGAGACCAUGCUGGCUGUUAAAAAUAUAACUAUGCAUCUGCUGAAAAAGUGUCACUAGGGAUUGCAGCAAAGGUCCAAAACUGUAUUUUUUUAUUAUUAUUGCAAAUGGUUAUUAGACAAUGUCAAGUCAAUGAAGCCUAGAAUGUGA